CGUUUUUCGAUUUGCAGUGUAGCUGGUGCAACGAGGGAACUACGCCGCCUUAUCUCGAGGGUUUCUAAUACCUUGCGCCUAUUCUCUUUAAUUUUUGUUUAUUCGACUCCCAGUCGCAUUCGCAUUCACAUUUUCUACGCAUCCACGACCUAGAGUAUAUAAGUUGGAGCAGCUGCAUCAUCCAGUUCAUUCACUGGCUUAAUUCAGUGGAGUUCGGAUCUCGUCAUGUCGGUGUCGUUUUUGGCCAGUUUACUGGGACUCAGCAAUGACGAGGAUCAGCUGCAGGUGGCCUUUGAUGAGGUGCUCAAACGUAGAGUCCGUUACUUGAUUUUCGCACUAACGCGUAUCACUACUGAGCGCGCAGAGCUUUUCGUUGAUGAAAUCCACUACGUAAAGCUCGCUCUCCCCACAAUUCACCACUUCACUACGUACGACUUCUUGCCCCGCCGCCAGCUGAUUUAGAUUCGAUCCAAGUUGUUGGCUCAGUGGAAUAGCUGCAGUUGCCCACCGACCGUGUUUGUGUUCCCUCCAGACAGCCAACCAACCUGAGGAUGUCCGCUCCCAUUCGCUACUACUAUGACCUGAUGUCGCAGCCCUCGAGGGCGUUGUUCAUUAUCUUCCGGCUGAGCAACAUGCCCUUCGAAGACUGCGUGGUUGCCCUGCGCAAUGGCGAGCACUUGACCGAAGACUUCAAGAAGGAGAUUAACCGCUUCCAGCGUGUGCCCUGCAUCCACGACAAUGGCUACAAGCUAGCGGAGAGCGUGGCCAUCCUGCGCUAUUUGAGCGCCAAGGGCAAGAUACCGGAGCACCUCUAUCCCAAGUACUUCGUUGACCAGAGCCGCGUCGACGAGUUCCUCGAAUGGCAGCACAUGUCCCUGCGGCUCACCUGCGCCAUGUACUUCCGCACCGUGUGGCUGGAGCCGCUUCUGACAGGACGCACACCCUCCGAAGCCAAAAUCGAGACGUUCCGCAUGCAGAUGGAGCGCAACCUCGACGUAGUCGAGGAGGUCUGGCUGGAGGGCAAGGACUUCCUCACCGGAUCCUCCCUCACCGUUGCGGACAUCUUUGCAGCCUGUGAAAUCGAACAGACACGAAUGGCCGACUACGAUGUCAGGAUCAAGUACCCCAAGAUCAGGGCGUGGCUGAAGAGAGUGCGCCAGAGCUGCAAUCCGUACUACGAUGUGGCCCACGAGUUCGUCUACAAAAUCUCCGGAACGGGUCCACAGGCCAAGCUAUAAACUCCAACGUUCACAAAGCCAUUCUGUACAUAGAUCAUUAUCAUUGCUGGGUACUUAUAUGUAGUUGAUAAACAAAACGAUAAUAAAACAGAGCUUGUCGCUGGUUUAUACUUGUACAAUUUAUUCGUAAU